GUCAGUCGCGCUCCCUCCUCCGGCUCCGCCACCUCCGCCCCACAGACUCGGGCUCACGCCAUCUUGCGCCCCCCUCCCCCGCCCUAGCCGAGCCACCUUUCCCCUUUUUACACGCUCAGGCCCCCUCCGCGCCCCUUUCCCAGUGUGUCCUGGGCCGCAGCAGCAGCAACCGCACCGCCUGUGCCCCUACAUUCUCCUCGCGGGACGCGCAGCCGUGCCGACAAGUGUUCUUAAAGCAGAGAUGAAUAAUACAGCAGCCAGCCCAAUGUCUACUGCCACUUCAAGUAGCGGAAGAAAUACAGGGAAGUCUAUAAGCUUUGCAGCAGAAUUACAGAGUAUGAUGUUUUCUUUAGGUGAUGCUAGGCGGCCUCUUCAUGAAACAGCAGUUUUGGUAGAAGAUGUGGUACACACUCAAUUAGUUAAUCUGUUGCAGCAAGCUGCUGAAGUUUCUCAGCUUCGUGGAGCAAGAGUAAUCUCAGCUGAAGAUCUUCUGUUUUUGAUGCGCAAAGAUAAGAAAAAACUUAGAAGACUCCUAAAAUACAUGUUUUUCCGAGACUACAAAUCAAAAAUUGUCAAAGGCAUAGAUGAAGAUGAUCUUCUGGAAGACAAAUUGAGUGGCAGCAAUAAUGCAAACAAAAGACAAAAAACUGCUCAAGACUUUCUUAACUCCAUUGACCAAACAGGAGAACUCUUGGCAAUGUUUGAAGAUGAUGAAGUCGAUGAAGUUAAACAAGAGAGAAUGGAGAGAGCAGAAAGACAAACUCGAAUUAUGGAUUCAACUCAAUAUGCAGAAUUCUGUGAAAGUCGACAAUUAAGUUUCUCAAAAAAAGCCUCCAAAUUUCGAGACUGGUUGGACUGCAGCAGUAUGGAGAUCAAACCCAAUGUCAUCGCUAUGGAAAUUUUAGCAUAUUUAGCAUAUGAAACUGUAGCACAGUUGGUGGAUCUGGCUCUUCUUGUGAAGCAGGACAUGGUAACCAAAGCAGGAGACCCCUUCAGUCAUGCCAUUUCUGCAACCUUCAUUCAGUAUCACAACUCUGCUGAGGGAUCUUGCAUGAAGUCAUACCCAGACUCCCCUGAGAGCACACCACCUCCUACACCGACAGCUCCAACAUCUGGAUUACAGCAUCCAGGGAAAAUCAUAUCAGCAUCCCUCGGGAAUGGGAGUACUGGACAAGACUCAGCUAAAACCAAGCAGAGGAAAAGGAAAAAGAGCACUGCGGCCUGUGGUGUUGAGGCUCACAGCGAUGCCAUCCAGCCCUGCCACAUCAGAGAGGCCGUCCGACGCUACAGCCACAAGAUUGGCUCCCUUUCCCCAUUCACAAUUUCUUUUUCUUUGACAGAGUGCCUACCGCAGAAACGGAAUGGCUUUUCUGGCCUGCUGAAGUGACUGUGACUGUAACAACCGAAAAGGCAAUGAAUGUUCUAUUAAGGUGACUUCUGUUUCCCUCCUUGGACAAAAAUAAAAUACAAGUUUACCUUCUCUGUCUCCUCAGAGUGGGCUGGUUUGUUGUGACUAUCAACUGGCUGACUCCAGCUCUUUUCCAGCCCCCUCAAUGCUUAGUCUUGUUUACUAGAUGGGCCAUUUAGCUAAUUAAUGGCAGGAUGUUUGGGAUAGUGUGUAGGUGGACAAGAAUGCAGAUCACACAAUUUUGAAAUUUUAAUUUGAAAUGGAUUUACUGCCCUCAGUGCACAUAUCUUAAAAGCAGUGUUGUUUUUUUUUUUCCUCUAGCACUUAGUCUAUUUUGUUUGAUGCAUAUUGUAAUCCAAAUUUAAAACAAAGGAAACAAAAUUUAAAAGGUAGUCAGUUUUCCUCCAUUCACUGUCCCAUCAACCUUACUAGCCAACAUUUGUUGACUAUAUCUACAUGUAUCUUAGAGGUGAAUAUCCAUUUUUUAAAUUCACACUAAUCAAAUAUCUGACAUGAUAUACUGUCCGCAUCUUCUCUCCCCUUACCCCACUAAUAGUAUAAGUAAUUCUCAAGCCUUCUUCCCAGAAUCCUGCAUCUCUGUCUACCAUGUGUGUUUUGCCUCAUGUAAUCCCUCCUCCCCAAUCUUCAUUUCUCUCCUUCCCCUGUCCCUCUCAUCCCCAGGCCUGCUCCUUACACACACACACACACACACACACACACACACACACAAAGCCAUUUAGAAGCAAAGGAAUCAGUUUCAAUAGAAGGGGAGCUGAGCAAUCUGCUAUCUCUUUUCCACACACCACCACACUUUGCCUGGAAGUGUGCUCAGGUAUAUAUUGCUGGUGGAGCUGAGCUUCCCUUCUCAAGUCUAUACCCUCUCCAGUAGAUAAGGAACUGUGACUCUUGGGAAAAACCCAAAAUAUAGCAGAUGUAAUGGUAAAUUUCCUGGUUCAACCUGAAUUGCAAAAACAGAAGUUAUUUCUUUUAUUUUGUGUAAUUUUACUUUUAUCGUGGUUUUUACACACACUCAAGUCUUUGUAAAGAAUUAAUAAAAGCAGAAGUGAGAAGCAUGAAAGAUUUUCCUCCUGUGACCAAGUCAUUUUGAGGAUCAGUUAAUAUGAUUGCGCCAUAUUAUUCACAUUUGUUAACUAUCAUUUACCUGUUCUAUGUGAGUCCUUCUGGAAAAAAUCUUCAUGUCAAGAGCAAAAAAUGCAGAUAUAUAAUAUCAAAAAAUUGCCAAAGGGUUUUGAUGUUCCAUCUGUGCUUGUUGAAAUGUAUGAUUAAACUUUUCUUUUUAUCAUCAUU